AACACGAGCGCUCUUGGGUUGGCAUUCUCCUUAUCUGUUUCUGAGUCUUUGGGUGCAACAUAACCAUGGAGGGAAUCGCAAGCUUGAAGCUAAAGCUCUCACCUUUCUCUUCCGUAAUGUCCACUUUCACCUCUCCUUCCUCCUCCUUUUCUUCAAACCCUUCACUUCUUCCAAUGCGAACUCCUUCUUCUUCUUCCACAACCAGAUUCCUUAGGAUUUACGCAUUGACUAGCAACGACAUCAAAGUUGGUACCAACCUUGAAGUGGAUGGUGCUCCUUGGCGUGUCUUAGAGUUUCUUCAUGUGAAACCUGGAAAAGGAGCAGCAUUUGUGAGAACCAAGCUCAAGAACUAUGUUACAGGGAAUACAGUUGAGAAGACUUUUAGAGCUGGAAGCUCGAUUGAUGAAGCAAAUGUAGUCAAGGAAACAAAGCAAUUCUCAUACAAAGAUGGGUCUCAAUAUGUCUUUAUGGACUUGAACACAUUUGAGGAGAGUCGUCUUGGUGAAUCAGAAGUUGGAGACAAAACAAAGUGGCUGAAAGAGGGAAUGGACUGCAAUUUGCUGUUUUGGAAUGGAAAAGUUAUUGAUCUUGAUCUCCCUAUCACAGUCAAGCUCACUGUAGUUGAUGUGGAUCCAGGACUUAAGGGCGACACAGCCCAAGGUGGAUCAAAGCCAGCAACGCUUGACACUGGUGCUGUUGUCAACGUUCCACUCUUUGUAAACAUUGGCGAAGAAAUAAUGGUUGAUACAAGAACUGGGCAAUACAUGAGUCGUGCUUGAGAUGCACAUCAAGUUUUGUAGUUAAAAGUGCAAAACCAUGGGUAGAGAGAAAUUUAUAGCAUUCAGCAUAUGUAUAAUUGAGCUUAGCAGAUUGGUACAUGCAUUGUAACAUUGAGUUGAAACAUAAUGCGAAAUGAAGCUCUUAUGCAGCAUUGUCUUCAGCAUGCUAAUGUUGCAUAGAAUUUUGUUCUCAUGAUGUCAUGUAAUUUAACACUUCUGUUGGAUGAUUAGAAGGAAUCAACUACUACCAUUUGUGCUCA